GAGUGGGUGGCACAGAGCAGCAAGCAGGGAUCGGUGAGAGCAGCACAGACCUGAGGCUCACAGGAGGGUGUAUGGGGGGAACAGGGGAGCUGCCAGUGACCCAGGCCCAACACUGAUGUGGUGGGCUGCUCUGGGAAGCAGGUGGAGGUCUAGGGGAGAGGAUGCGUUGGGGCAGGACCUCAGGGGUCAGCACACAGCCAGGGGGUAGCACAGGUGAGGGUGUGGGCCCCCAUAGCAGGGUGAGGGGCUGCAGCAGUGUGGGGAAGGGGUGGGCAGCCUGGGUGAGCUUGGAGGGGGGAGGAAGGCGGUCCUGGGGGGAGGCUGCAAGGGGGUGGAGUUGCUGGUUUUUCUUUGAACACGGGGAAGACUUGAGCUGGGAACUUGCAUCCGUGGAGCUCCCAGCUAGCAGGCGUCAGCCCCCUGCUCCUGCUGAGGGCCCCCAUUGCUUUGGGGUGGCAGAAGGGCAGGGAGCAUGAGGCCGCCUCCUGCUGCCUUCCUCUGCCCCGUGCCCCCUUCUCCUUCCCUCUCCGUGCUCGGGUGACCGUGCUGAGCUGCUGGUGGCAGCUGGCAGCCUGCCGCCCCUCUCUGCACACCUUUCCUUCCCUUCCAGCCCAGACGUCAGGAGCAGACAGGCAGGAGGUGGCACGGAGGAACCUGCGGGAUGUGAGCGCAGCAGGGGAACCGCCAGCUCCAUCCCACCUUCCUCCGACGGUUGGGACCCCGCAUAGACCAUGAAUGGAUCCUUCUUCAACCAGAGCCUCCUGGAGCAAGGAGCAUACCCCAACAGGACCCGGGGUUUGGGGCUGCUCCUGGCCUGCUGCAAUGGGACCGGCUCGGUGCUGGCACCUGACGGUGGCUCCUCGGUGCUGGCACCCGACGAGCGCAGUCUGUACAUCACACGGGUGGUGCAGAUCGCCGUCCUCUGCGUCCUCUCCUUGACUGUGGUGUUUGGCAUCUUCUUUUUGGGCUGCAACUUGCUCAUCAAGUCGGAAAGCAUGAUUAACUUUUUGGUGAAGGACCGAAGACCUUCCAAGGACGUGGGAGCUGCGAUCAUGGGGCUCUACUGAUGCCGUGGGGCAAGUGUAGGCAAGUGGCUGGAGCUGGUGCUGAGAUGCACGUACCCAUGUGUUCGGGGCAGCUGGGGGGAGUGGGGAAGGGGGGAUGAUGUCUUUUCGUGUGUCUGUGUCCAUGGGAAAGCAAAUCAGUGCUUCCCAGUCAGCAAACUCCAUUGUGGUGAAUGGGGAGAUGUCCCCAGCGCUGCGUGAAGCGCAACGACCAGCAUCGUGUUGCAUGCAGAAAUGGCUCAAGUUUUGCAUGAAACUUGCAGAAACGGUGAUAAUGUGCAGAUCUGGACUCUUGUCUGCUGUUACCUUGGAUACCGCCUCUUGGGAUUUAGGGCUAAAAAAAUAAAAAGUGAAAGAUAAAAAGAAAAAAAAAGAGAGCAAACUCACUACAGAAUAAAAAGAAACGAUGAGGGAAGUGGAGUGUGUGGCAUAGACCACAUCUUUGUCCAUGGGGUAGGGGAAGGGAAGGGCCGUGUGAGUCGGACAGCAAAGUCUGCAUGCUAUGAAACGUGUCAAUCUGUUGUGUUCCGGACCUCAAGCAUGCACCGCCGGGUGGUUUUGUAACAGGGAGAGCAUGUUCCUCCUCGAUUUCUGAACU